UUGCUGGAUCAGACCCUUUCCGUCUUCCUCUCCUCCUCCUUUUCUCUUUCGAGCCGCCGCUGUCGGCGCCCUUAGUUCCGUAAAACCCACACAUUUGACCGUUGUUGUCGACUAGAGUGUACUGCUAGACGGCCAUGCCUGGCGCAUCCGAAUCACGAGAGAACCUCACCUAUGGCGCGAACAGCGCUCAGCCCCCGGUCAGCUCCCUGGCCCGUCGUAUACACGGCUGGUCGUGGCAGGCGUUCCCCAUCGGCAUGGGCACUGGUGCCGUCUACGUCACGCUCUCCGGCCUCAAGGAGCACUCGGACGCGCUCACAACUGUCGAGACCGUCUUCUUCUUCCUCAACAUCAUUCUCUUCACCCUCAACUGCACCACCCUCCUCAUCCAAGCUAUCAUCUACCCCAGGCAAGCCCUCAGAUUAAUCAAGGACCCGGUCAAGGGCAUAUUCGUGCCACUUGUGGUCCUCUCCUUCGCCACGAUCAUCAUAGGGACAAUCAACUAUGCAGUGCCGUCCGGACACGUCCAUCCAGGGUUCAUAUAUGCACUCUUCUGGGUCUAUGUCACCUUUGCGCUCGUCACUUGCAUACCCAUGCUGAUGAUCUGGUACAACCAACCGCACGACCUGACCCAUUUCACGCCUGCCUAUGCUUUCUUGGUCUUCCCAAUGAUGCUUGUCGGCGUCGUCGCCUUCAAUGUGCUCAAUGUCAUGGACCCCACGGACCCGGCCUCGGUCGGCGUCCUCCUCGUCGGCUACUUCUUCCAGGGUCUUGGCUUCUUCAUGACAUUCUUCUACAUCUGCAUCUACAUUAUUCGGGUCAUGACCACGGGCUUCCUCGAAGGUCACCAAGCCAAUGGUGCUUUCGUCGCAUGCGGGCCGCCGGGAUUCACCGCGCUCGCGUUGAUCAACCUGGCUGAUCACGCGCAAAAUAUCCUGCACGCGCACAAUCUCGUCUCGCCAAUGGCGGGUGAGAUCUGGUACGCGACGAGCGUGAUGUCGGGGCUGCUGCUCUACGGGCUCGCUGUGUUCCUGUUCUUCUUCGGCAUCCUGCCGUACUGGUUCAAGCUCCACAAGCACCUCAAUGAGAUCCUCGGCUGCUGGGCGCUGACUUUCCCCAAUGUCGGCUGGAUCUCCACCACGCGCCUGCUCGGCGACAUCUUCCACGUCCAGGGCCUCUUCGUCGUGCACCUCUUCAUGGCCGUCGUCAUGUGCAUCGCGUGGGCCGUGCUCUUCUCGCUCACGCUCCUCGCGCUGUGGAAGGGCCUCAUCUUCUGCUCGAAGCCCGAGGACGUGGUGAAGGACACCAUGGCGUCGCCGCUCCUCGGCGAGAAGGAGAAGCAUGCGCGGCUGCACUCGCAGGACGGCCAGGACCCGCACGGGCACGAGGUCGCGGCGACGUACCAGAUGGGCGGGCAGCAGCAGAUGCAGUACGCGGGCGAGGUGCCGCCGAUGCUGUAUGCGGGCGCGGGGCAGCAGCAGGGCCAGCAGGGGUACGGGCGGCAGCAGCAGUACGGGCACGGGAUGGUCUAAAGGGUCGAGGUCCGCCGUCUCUGUGCUCGUUGGCGGGGGUUGCGGUCUGCGCGCCCCGCCGAUGGGUCGUCGAUGAUCUGUCCGCUGCUUGCCUUCCUCUUCCCUCUUUCCCAUCCCUCGUCUGCACGCUCCCGUAUGUAUCCUCCUGCUGUCUGCUUUGCUGUGCUUGUUUUGCCGUAGGAUCUCCCUCAUCCCCACCCGGUUAUUAUCCCCCUCAUCAUCGCGUCUUGGGUCACUGUCUCCAUUGUCCUCUAUCGUCCGCCACACAUCACUCGGCUUCGACGCCGUCAUCGGACCCCCACCACCCACUAGGCUUGCGUCCACACCUCGCUUGCAUCAUCAUCGUCUCUUUCCCUUUUCCUCCAUUAUUGUGUCUUGUCUCGUCUUCCCUCGCCACAUCGCCAUUGUGUAUAGAGUUCCGCACACCUAGAUAUUUAUCGACCAUAUCACUACGAUACCACGCGCUCCUUACUGUCUCUGAGCCCUCUAUAGUCUCCCGGGGCGGCUUUACCGCUGCCUCACCCUCGUACCUGCUCGACGAGGACUCACUCUCACCUGCCUGCGAGCCCAUGUUGGUAUGGCCGCUGCUUGCUAUAUACGUUUCCGGUCUUUGCGCCGCUGGACUGUGCCUGUGCUCCCUGGCGUGUUUGUUCGGUUGGGAGGUGGUUGAUCCAUCCUGUCCCUUGGAGGAUAUCCGAUCCGUCACUGAUCCCGUCGCCGAACGCGCCAUCGCAGGCCCUGCUCUCUAUCUACCUACCUACCUACCCUUAUCCCUACCUACCCUUAUCCCUAUUCUCAUUGUGUAUGUUACUAGAUUUGCAUUAUGUUUUGCUAUAGUGCUGAUACUUUGUGGGUGUCUCUGUGUAUGGGAGUAUUCUACCGUACUGGGACCCAUGGACUGCUUUAUAUUACCAUCUAUUGCGAUAUCCCGUUUAUAUGCGGUAUACGUGCUACUAUAUUCUGUUGCUCGCUGCGUAUGCUAUGCUAUGCGUGUUUGUGGGCGAAGUUUGGCGU